AUGGCAGAAGUCGAAGCGCGAGUCGACGCAACCCUUGCGGCCGGGGACGACGCGCAAGAACCAACUCAAGACCUAGCUCUCGCUAUAGUAAACAACGAAGUCGCUCCACCAGCAGAGAAGAAAGUGAAGAAGAUCAUCCGGCGAAAGAAGCGCCCGGCACGGCCGCAGAUCGAUCCAUCCGAGAUCAAGUCAGAGCCGCCACCGCAGACAGGCACGGUGUUCAAUAUCUGGUACAACAAAUGGUCGGGGGGCGAUCGCGAAGACAAGUACCUGUCGCAGACACAUGCAAAGGGACGGUGUAAUAUUGCGCAGGACACGGGAUACACGCGUGCUGAUGCGCGGCCGGGGUCGUACUUCUGCUUGUUUUUUGCAAGGGGGAUAUGUCCCAAGGGCCAAGACUGCGACUACCUCCACCGGUUACCCGGUAUCCACGACCUCUUCAACCCCAAUGUGGAUUGUUUCGGGCGCGACAAGUUCAGCGAUUACCGCGAUGACAUGGGCGGUGUCGGGAGCUUUACCCGGCAGAACCGCACGAUCUACAUUGGCCGGAUUCAUGUGACAGACGAUAUCGAGGAGAUCGUAGCACGGCACUUUGCGGAAUGGGGCCAGGUCGAGCGUGUCCGCGUACUCAAUACGAGGGGCGUGGCGUUUGUGACCUACACAAAUGAGGCGAACGCGCAGUUUGCCAAGGAGUCGAUGGCACAUCAAUCCCUUGACCACAACGAGAUUUUAAACGUGCGGUGGGCGACGGCAGACCCGAACCCGAUGGCACAAAAGCGGGAGGCGAGACGGAUUGAGGAACAAGCGGCCGAGGCUAUCCGCAGGGCGCUACCAGCAGAAUUUGUCGCGGAGAUCGAGGGCAAGGACUCGGAAGCAAGGAAACGGCGUAAGCUGGAGAGUGGCUACGGGCUCGAGGGAUAUGAGGCGCCAGACGAGGUGCAUUUUGCCCGAGGCCCAAAUGCCGUCAACCCCAGAGGGCGAGAAGGGUACGAGCUGGAGCAUGAACAGCGGCUGCUGAUUGAGGCGGCGGAGGCCGAGAUGGCCGAGGAUCAACGGCAGCAGGAAGCACAAGCAACAGGGGGGCUUCUCUCGAGCAGCACUCUAGCUGCUUUGCAAGCUGCUCAAGUUUCGGUUGCUUCGAAGCCAAAAGCUGCGGCACCGUCAGGCCCAUUGGUGGCCUAUGACAGUGAUGAUAGUGAUUAG